AUGUCACAACCAACCGGCGCGGCUACCUUGCCGAAAGGGUUCCGCUAUCAUGAUGAAUCGAUUCCCAAAACCCCCGAAUCUUCUACACCUCGUGAAGAAACGCGAUUACCCUCGCCUCCGCGACCGCGCCUGCGGCUGAAAAGACGACAGGUGUCCCAGCUCCACGCACCUACACAGCAAUUCCUUGCGUCUGUUGCCGCCGCCGAUGUGCCGAUACCAAGUGUGGAAGAUGCCGAAGUCGAGACUCGGGACAUGGAUAUGAUGGACACGCUCCCGGGGCUACAUGUGCAGGACUUGGAUGACAUGGACAUCUACCAACACCUGCGCCCACGAGCGUUCUCGCCCCCCAAGACACCCGCGGUUGAGCUUGCGCCAUCGCUGAAAUCAGCGCGGUAUCCCGACUGGUCUAUCGACUCUGCGUGGAGCAGCUCCGAUCUGGAUUCCAGCCCUGAAUAUGAAUCCAGUAGACCGUCGACUGCGUAUUCUACACAGACGAGCUCUUCACUUUUCAGUCAAUACUCGCACGCCUCGGACGAUGGAAGCUGUAUUAGCCCGGACUUGGAAGUUUCCGAGUUUCCAAAGUCAUCUCUAUACGGCGGAGCAAACACAUUGAGCAAGCACAGGCCACGGAAGGCACCGUGGACGAAAGCUAUGAGCUCACAUUUGUGGGCCACCUAUUCUCUCUACAUGUCCGAUCCUCGGGUGACGCCAAUACGCCUGGGCAAGAGCGGCAUACCCCCCAAUGGGAUCUGUUCACGUGUUGCACGGCAGACGCAAAGGAGCUGGAAAGGGUCCAAGGCGCAGUCGGCCAACGACCCAAAGAGCAGAAGUAGCACUCCUACUGCCGAGUCCUCGAAGCCAUACAUGGAGUGGCCCCAUACUGCGGCCGCUACUCGGGCUCACCUCCGCGAGCUAUGCAAGCUCAGGGCUACAAACCAGCCGGGUCGAUAUAUGUCCAAGAGUCCUACACCAUUCAACAAGACCGCCCAUCGCCGUUGGAACCGGAGAUCGACGCCUGCCCGUUCUCCUUCAUUCUUUUCACCCCAGGACAUGGCCAUGUCUCUAAUCCUGAGCACAUCUGACACGAUGCAACCCGAAGGUCCACUGGCUCUCCUCACCAGCUCCUUGUCUGAGCCUGAAGCUGAAACUGAGCCUUUCCCGGAACUCGCACUAGAACCUGAGCCGGUCAUGAAUAUCGCCGAGGUAAAUCGCGACUCUGUCCAGGCCCGCCUCGCUUCCCCGUUCCUGGCCAAGAGUUACGGACCCAGUUCAUCGUCGUCCCUCGCAGCCAGCGUCAGCUUACCGCGACAAUCGAGCACGCUAGGACCCCGAAAGCUCAAAUCGCCAGUUCGCCUUACUCGCUCACGUUCCGGGACGCAGAAACGCAGAUCGUUCAAAGGGCUUGAAGAUCAGCCCCGGAAGAGACCAAGUCUCGCCGCUGCUUUCUGGCGAGAAGGUUCUCGCGGCGCUGAGAGCUCAGUGCAGACCAUGUCCUCUCAGCAACAGCCCAAUCCCACUUCAACGGCACGUGCGAGGGGUGUUACCCUCUCUUCAAGUUUUCAAAGCCGAGAGGCAGACCCAUUUGUGGUGUCUGGCGAUGCCCGACCACCUCGACUGGGAUCCCCGUUUUCAGGCUCGAGCCACAGUUUUCCAAACCGGCUCUCAGCACCGGUUAGCUUCAACCUCACCGCCUUCCGCCGGCCCUUUGCGACAGUGCAGCAACCCGCUCCAUCAAGCGAGGAAGUAACGACACCUACUCGCCCCAGCUUAUCAUCACGUCUAGCCUAUCUGGAUCAGCGACUGAAAGAGUUGCGAAAACCCGGCACUGAUCGCAGACGCUCUCAGUCGCCCUUGUCAUAG